AUGGCAAACAUAGCUAAAGAACUUCUCAAAAAACAAUUUAUAGAACUUUCAAGAGAUCACAAUGUUGGGUUUUCAGUUGGACUUGUAGAUGAUGCUAAUUUUUUUGAAUGGAAUGUAUGUUUUGAAGGCCCAAAAAAUACUUUAUAUGAAGGGGGAAUAUAUAAUGCCACUUUGUCAUUCCCUUCAAAUUUUCCAAAUCAACCACCCCAAAUGAAAUUCAACCAAGAAAUGUGGCAUCCAAAUGUUUAUCCUGACGGACGAGUUUGCAUAAGUAUAUUACAUCCCCCAGGUAUUGACAUUUAUAAUGAACAAGAAAAACCAGAAGAAAGGUGGAGACCAAUUUGGUCGGUUGAAGGAAUUUUAGUUAGUGUGAUUUCUAUGUUAAAUGAACCCAAUUUAGAAUCACCUGCCAAUGUAGAUGCAGCGGUACAAAUAAAAAACAAUCUUAACGAGUACAAAAAAAAAGUUAGGGCAUUGGCAAGAAUGUGCUAA